AUGAUCACGAAUAACAGACAAAAGCCUGUCAGUCCACUGCACAUGUCUGAGAUGGAUGUUUUAACACUCCCAAAAAGAGUAUCGUCCUCAUCCCUCAGAGACCAUCCCAAAACGACAGACACGCAUAAAUAUGUGACACCUUCGCGAGUCCCCGGCACAGAUGUCUUUGGGGUUACUUCUACAACAAAAAACGACCCCGGCCUGAACAAUGAACUCGUGGAAGCUAUUUCGAGAAAUAUCGCACAACAACUGCACUUGCUAACGAUCAAGGAUGAAUCCCCACGGGCAAAGCACAACCAAAAGGAAGCGGCACAACCAGUAUCAGAUAGCCCUGAAAAUGAGUCAAGGACUACAAGUCAAAGAGAAGCACUUGAUCAUUUCACUCAAGAGCUUCAACAAUAUGCUGAGCAGUCCGGCGCCAAAGGAAAGCUGCCAAUCUUAACCCCAACACCGCCUAGGUCUGGCACGAGCCUCCGGACCAUAUCUGCACUUCUCCCUUUCCGUUCUGAAUUCAAGGCUGCUGGGCUAGCUAUUACUUCAGAGGAUCAAGCAAACCAGCAAUUCUACCCUGGUGCUCUUAAAUAUCGAGCUAAGACAACCCCAAACUUGAAGUCACUCUCCAAGCAACCGCAUCUUGGCCAAGUGGAUAGUGCCACCCGAUGUCCAAGCUCGAGUACAGAGAUUCCUUUUCCCGCUGCCGAAGACAUGGACGAAUGGAGAUAUGCAUUGGUCGAUAAUGACGAUCGCUCACGAAAGAGAACUACAGCUGCAGACCAAGCACUUAGUACUCGCUGCACUUCAUGCCAAUCUGGGAAUUUGUGCCAUUGUAGUGGCUAG